GAAUCACAGCCCUAUUUACCACGGGCGCCAGAGAAAGGUGGGAACACUGUGCAGACGCCUCAUCAGAACCUCCUCCAUCUUGUCAAUGACUCGUCUGUAGAUGAAGUUCAGCCGUCUAAAAAAGAAGCAACAACCAAAGGCCAAAAGAAGAACAGGGGUUUAAUUCAGGAACACAGAGCACGACUUCAGAGUAGAUUCUGAUUCUGAUGAGGAUGACGGCCCUCGAACACAUCACUGGUUACGGACACAAGGACAGACUGAAGCACAGAGAGCAACUGUGCCUGUGUCGUCCCCACUGUCAACCGAACAGACAAGACUGAACCCAAUGGCAACAGAACCCAGGGCACGGCCUGGAUUCACAUUAGGGGAGCAGCCACUGAACCCAGAGCAGUUUGGCAGACGUGACUGUGGACCGAUGGAACAGGAUGAAUGAGUAUGAAGAGAUAACGGAGCAGGAUGAUGGACAGACGGUGGAACAGGACCACGCCUCUGGAACUGACUCGUUCAAACACACAGUAAAAGGUUCCUUUUUGACAGAGAGCGGACCCACAUGCACAGCUCCAACACAACGAGGUGAGUAAAAGUUGGUUUUAAUACGAGGCGAGGUCCAGGGAACAGGCGACGGUCAAAACACAGGGAAGUCACAAGCGACGGUGCAGACGAGGAGCAGGCAGACACAGGUAAGUAGCAGGCGACGCUCGAUAGCAAGGUUAGCUCUGCAAAGCUACAACAGGGACGAGGCAGGAGGUCAACAAACAGGAAGAGACACGAGGUGAAACGAGGCAGCAUCAAAGAACAAACGCUGGAAAGUGGUGAGAACAAGCAACAACCUGACACCUGAAUCAGGUGAGUAUUGGAGGCUGUGUGUGUGUGUGUGUGUGUGUGUGUGUGUGUGUGUGUGUGUGUGUGUGUGUGUGUGUGUGUGUGUGUGUGUUUGUAUCUGGAUGCUGUUGCUGCCACCUUGUGGUGUCAUCUGUCAAUUACAUCACACAAUUUUAUAAUCACAAAUAUUAAACAUGCCCAUUGACAAAAUAUGAUUACAGAGGACUACAUGUGAAUGAACAGCUGUAGCUCACAGUCUGACCUUCAUCCAUGGUUUUCCUCCAGGUCAUCUCCUGUUUGGGCCUCUCCGUGGUGUCGUGCCGCUACGUGGGCUUCGCCGUGGUGGCGCUGUUGGUGGAGAUCAACUCUGUGUUCCUCCACCUCCGGCAGGUCAUGCGCAUGUCCAGCAUGGCCGCGGGAACGCUGUACCGGGUGAACAGCAUGACCAACCUGGGCACGUACGUGGUGUUCCGCAUCAACACGCUGGCCUGGAUGACGCGCUGGCUGGUGCUCAACAGGGACAAGGUGCCGCUGCUGGCCUACACGCUGGGCAGCGUGGGCAUGGCCAUCAUGACCGCCAUGAACAUCGUGCUGUUUUAUCGGCUGCUCAGGAGCGACUUUUUGAAGGGCAGCGCUCGGGAGGCAAAGAAGAUGUAGGAGAGACCAGGACGAUUCCACUCAUGAACACACGCUCUGCUGGAGUUGGGAUCCGAUCUGAGACUGAGGCCUGUUUUUACUUCCUGUUCCAUCCAUAGAUCAGGAAUAGUCGUUGUGUUGAAGCUACGCUGGCUCUCAGUUGUAGCUUUGAUGAAUUGGCUUGUGUGUGUUCUACAGUCUUCCCUCAGUGCCAGUACUGUCUCCACAAUGCGAGGCCUUGUAAGGCACAGCCUCAUGCCUUAUUCUCCCCCAGGGACGAUGAGCUGCACGUGUGUAACUCUUGGGUUUGUAUGAAACAAAAGCACAUACACAAUAUCUUAUAAUGUGUAUCACACCACAUCAGAUCCAGACCCUGUUUAGUUAAACAUAUAAAUCAUCCAGAGGUUUUUACCAGAUGUCCUCAUCUUAAAAUCACCUGCUACCUCAGAGCUUCUAACUGUUCUCUGCCUCUUUCCACCGUGACAGGCCUUGCUGUCAGUAUUCAGCAGGCUGGUUUUCUUUACAGAAGGAAAUUAAAAAGAAGAAAAUCCAGCAAAUACCAGUAAUUAAAGAGAAACUGUGAUAUUAAACUGGUAUUUAUUUUUCUGUAAUCUGAAUAUUUGGGUGAUGACUGUUGUUUUUGCUCUGAUUAAUCUUGGACAGCUCAGAUGUACAGGCGAAUGUUCAUGUUGCCUUAAGUGGAAUCCUCACAAUCCUCAACGUCAUCUCAGCAAUUGCCUCAAAAAGGCCAAGCUCUUCACACAUGUCUUUAAUUUGUGACCUCUCUGUAGAUCUGCAUCAUCUUUUCUUGCAGAUGCAGCAUCAGAUGUGUUACACACACACACACAGCUGCCUGUUCUUCUAAUUCAUCGUCGUAUGGCUUCACACUGCUGUGCUCCUCAUGCAUUGUGUGGUUGAUCUGUAAAGUCAUUGGUUCAAUUGUGUAUGUAAUUUAUUUGAACUGGAAAGAAACUGGACUGGACACAAUUGAUGAAUUUCCCAGUGGAAAAAACAGUUGAUUAGUUGAAGUUGUUUUGUUGCUGAGAUCAUUAUUGUUGGUUACAUCAGGUAUAAUAUCUUUGACCCAGUGUUUCAACAUGUGAUGUCAUGAGUGUUUGAACAUCUGACAAGUACUGGUGCAGUUCAGAGAAAACCUACAACCCAAAUCACAAAAUCUUUGUCAGAAUUGAAGUAGAUUCUGAACAGAACUCUUGUAGCUUAUUAUUUUUCUUGAUUUUUUGUAAUAUAAAUUCAUAUUCAAACUGUGUUUAGGUUGGACAUUUAUGUGUUUCUAAAACACAUCUGUGUGUGGACAUGGUGUUCAGGCCUGUGAUGUUGAUGGAAGUUUAAAUCUAUGAACUUGUGUUCAUUAUGUUGCUGUGUGUGUUUAUCAGGUAAACCUGUACAGUAGAGCUUCCACCUCAUUUAAAUGUUGUAAUGACCUGUUGUGCUCUCUGCAGUCCAGCUCUGACCCAUUCACUGCUCAUUGUCCUCAUGCCACAGUUGGACUAGUUUUACACAGGUAGUGAACAUAAAGGAAAUGAAUUAAUGUUGGAGCUGCAGGUGAAAACUGGUUCAACAAACAGCCUCAUGUUUUUCAUCACACACUGUAAAUACAGUGACUGACUGUGUUGGUGAAAUAAAACUCACUUUCUUGUAUAAUUUUUUAUUUGAUUUUUGUGUAGUGAUUGUAAAAUUAUGAAACUUAUGUACUUAAAUAACUUAAAUACUUAUGUAACAGCUAUGAUGACUUUAACCUUCAACAGCAGGACAAACCUGGAAUAUUUACUUAAACUGAACCCAACUUGGGUUCUGAAACCAUCUGAGCAGAACCAUCAGCUCAGAAUGUCAAAUUGUCAGAAUUUUGUCUAUUAAUAAUUUAUUAAUAAUAAGCUUGUUUGCUGCAGUUUUGGUAGACUGCAAAAAUAAUCAAUUUUUUUUGUUGAUAUACUAAUAUUGGUUUAACAUGAAAACAAAGAGGAAUGAACCUUGUGUUUUGAUGUCACUGCUCUAAUCCUGUGUCUGGCAGAUGAUGGGAUGUUGCUGAUGGAGUAAACAUAAAGCAGCCUCAUCCUUCCUCAUUGUCUCUCUCUGCUCCUUCAGGCUCGGCCGUGGGUGAUGAGAGCCUGAGGCGCAGGUGGAGGGUGUGGAGAGAGCGUUUUGGUUGUAGUGAAGAUAUUUGAUAGAUAUUUAUGUGUUUUAAAACACAUCUGUUUGUAGACAUCAUGUAGAGGUUUGUGAUUCUGAUGGAAGCUUAAAUCUAUGAACUUGUAUUUAUUAUGGUAAACCUGUACAGCAGAGCUUCCACCUCAUUUAAAUGUUGUGGUCACCAACCACCACUGGCUGCAUCACUUCCUGUUUAAUCUGCACAAUUUGGUUAAAGUUUUUUUGGUUAAAGUGUGAAGCAACUGCAAAUUAACAGAAGGUUUAAUAGACCAACAUCAAUAAGGUGAAUAUGUCUGAUUACUUUUUAUUUAUUUGGUUUUAAAACAGAUUUGUUUUUUUCUCCAAAACAUUUUAUAAUAUAAUGUAUAAUGUAUAAAACUUAUAAUGUUUUAUAAAUAAAAACAAAAUAAAAAAAUAUAAAAUC